GAAUGACUACAAACAAAUGAAAAUGGUCGAAACUGAGAAAUUAAAACUGGAAGCUGAAAAAGGACAAAUUUCACAAGUAAUGGCCCAGCUUCAGAAAGUGGAGGAGAAUAAUGAUGUGGUCCAAUCUCGUGUCAUCUUGAAAAAAAGAGGUAGAGAAGUCAGAGAUGCCUUGCGCAAAAUUACAAAACAGUGGUUGGAUCUGGAGAACACAGUAAUGCUCAAAGCUUUGACUUUGCCAAAUGAUCUUGAUAAAAAUACACCAGUUGAAAAGUCUGAACUACUAGAUUCUGCUGGACAGGUGAAGGUUUCAGAUGAUGUGAGAAGUCAUAUUGAAAUUUGCAAGCAAUUUGACUUGGCCAAAUUUAGUUCUGUUGGUCCCAAGGCUUACUACUUUAAGAAUGACCUGGCAAUGACUGUACAGACACUCAUUUCAUCUGUGAAUAACUAUCUGACUGGACAUGGUUUUUCUCACAUAGCAGCUCCUGAGAUGUUCCGGUCACGAGUUGCUGAGGGUUGUGGUGUUGACAUACAAAACUCACAAGAGUUGUAUAAAUUAUAUGACCGUGAUGCCGUCAAUGAUACCGAGUCUAAAUCUCACCAGCUGCUGGAUAUGCUUCACUUACGUGGUGCCUCCCUAGUCUCAUUUGCAGGUUAUCUGACAAAAAUGAACACUGACAGAGAAACAUUGCCACUUCGAAUGUUUAGUGUUGGAACACACUACCAGCCACAAUGUGACUUGCCUGGAUUAUUUGGAGCUCUCCAGUCAACAAAGGCAGUGUUGUUUUCUGGAAGUGAAUGUGACACAUCCAGCGCUGAAGAGUUUGACAAGAUGAAGUCACUAAUAUGGAACAUGUACAAAUCUAUGGGAUUUCCAGUUAGGUUAGUGUGUUCUCCAGGCAGUGAACUCCAUGUUGCAGAAUCUAAACGAGUUGAGGUUCAGAUGUGGGCUCCAGGUAUCGAGCAGUUUGUACAGGUUGCUUUUGCUUCCCAGUACAAGGAUUAUGUGAGUCGCAGGCUUUGCUGUCUCCACUCUGUGAAUAUUGGUGAUCAUAAACUGGGCCAACACAUCCACAUGGUACAUGGACAAGCCAUGGAUAUGACCCGAAUGAUAGCAUGUGCCUUAGAACAUGGUUCUGUACAGCAGGGUUCAUGGAAACUACCAGAAAUACCAAUUCCAAGUGGACCAAUCACUGAUUAAACUAAAAACCAUGACUACAACUCAUCUGCCUAGAUCUUUUCAUAAAGAAACCAUCCGUUUUAAUCUACGAGCUAAUAAAAACAAACGAUCUAUUCAAAUGGAAUGAUUUUCUGCUACCUAAAAAAAGACAUCUCUAACAGAUAGACUAGAUGAAAGAACUCAUUAUUCUGCAAAAUGAAUAGUUAUUCAUCUAAUCGAAUAAUCAACUAACAGUGUAACUGAUUGCAUCUCAUCAUGUAUUAGGAUUUUCUUGGUUUUACCAGGUAUCCAUGAUCUUCCAUGCCAUUGUUCAUUAAUUCUGUUAAUGACAAUAUUGCACCAUAUCUUUUUAUGAAAUCUUAUUACCAUGAACCAUGUGUACGUAUGACUUGCGAACCAGAACCCUUUCUCAAAUGGUUCCAAGUGAUAAAAACUUAUCUGUGUCAGUAUAUUUAUUUUUUGUGCUGGGAUGUCGUUAAACUAUUCAUUCAUUGUAUAUUUAUAAAACGUGUUGACUGCAGGAACAAUAAACUUAGAUAGCAUUUUUAAUAUAAUUUAAGAAUGAUGGUCGAUGUAUUGAUCUGAUUUUGGAGUGAUUAAGAUGGCAGAUAUUUUUUAUUUGCUGCUGAAGGAUGUGACAUUAUGAUGUCCUAAUAAGGUCGUCUUCAUCAACACUGAUUCAUUUGUUAAAUAAAUAUUUUAAUAAUAUACUAAACACCAAAAGAAACCAUACACUUUUCAAAAUGCCAUAUUUUCUCAAAUACUUUUUUCUACCAAUUUUGUAUAUGUGAUGCAAUCACAUCCUUUGAAUAAGAUCACCCAACAAAAACGUGCAAUCCAUUGGACAUUUCACUGGUCAGGCCGGAAAACUGGUUUUGCACAUAAAAGCAUGUGCAUGAUUAAAUUGAUGUAUGCAAGUGGCUACUUCAUACUGAAUCAAAUGCUGAAUGAUAGCUAGUGGUACACAGUAUGCAGGAGGGUGAGACACGACCAACAACCAUUAACUCUGCUUGCAUUGACGUGAAGGAAGGAAUGUUUUAUUUAACGACGCACUCAACACAUUUUAAUUACGGUUAUAUGGCGUCAGAUAUAUGGUUAUGGACCACAUAGAUAAUGAAAGAGGAAACCCACUGCCACCAUGCAAUGGGUUAUACUUUCCAAUUAGCAGCAAGGGAUUUUUAUAUGCAUCAUCCCACAGACAGGGUAGCACAUACCAUGACCUUUGAUAUACCAAUCGUGGUGGCAUUGACGAGAAUGACAAAACUAUGAGCAAAUGUGGUUUCAACAUGUAUGUUAUCUCCAUAAUAUGACUUCUAAAAGUGGACUAACACAUUACUAAAGACUGAUGUGUCUGUUCAAUGAAGUUGCGACUCUAUCCAUGCAAUUUUACCUCUAAUUUCUGACUGAGGAUUUCGAUUUGUCAUAUGUGUUACAGUUUUACAUUUUUUGUUUAUACACCCACCCCACACUCCAGGUUGUUUUUAUUUUUAAAAUAUAAUGGAAUGUA